CUUCGCCCAAUGCGCCUGCGUAUCAAAUAAACGGAAGUAGUAUGUGCGGGAAACGGAAGCUCUGAAGUCCUUUCUGCUCCGCGACUUCCAUCAUGGUGUUCAAGCGCUUCGUUGAGAUCGGCCGUGUUGCCUACAUCUCUUUCGGACCCCAUGCUGGCAAGCUGGUGGCCAUCGUAGAUGUUAUUGACCAAAACAGGGCUCUUGUUGAUGGCCCCUGCACCGGCGUGAAGAGGCAAUCGAUGCCCUUCAAGUGCAUGCAGCUCACAGACUACGUCAUCAAAGUACCCCACAGUGCUCGCCAGAAGUUUGUGAGGAGAGCCUGGGAGAAGGCCGGAGUCAAUGAGAAGUGGGCUCAAAGCAGCUGGGCCAAGAAGAUCGAGGCAAAACAGAAGAGGGCCAAAAUGUCAGACUUUGACCGCUUCAAGGUGAUGAAGGCCAAGAGGAUGAGGAACAAGAUCAUCAAGCACGAGGUGAAGAAGCUGCAGAAGGAGGCAGCAAAGAAGUGAACAGUUUUACAAAAUAAAUCUGUUUACUGUUCA